UUGCGGUUUGCUCUGAAAAAGCUACACUUGUUUUGUUCGUCAGCUGCACCUGGGGCCCAUCAGACCUGGCAGGAGAAGAAUGGGGCCAGCGAUUGGUACACGGCCUUCCCGGCCGCAGAGCUGCCUGCGUUGGUUGUAAUCGUAGGCAAGCUCAGGUUGCCGCGUCUGCACGUCCCGGUGGGCUCGCCUGGGACUCCCCUUUGUCUGCUGUACAAGACUCGACUCUGCACGCCCCUUUGGGAGACAGGAUGCCUCCAUCCUCAAGGAGUAGAGAAACACUCUCCCCCAUCCUCCAUCCUGACCCCCAUGCAGGGGAUGAAGCGCGUUCCAGACGCCCUCUCUCGCGGGUGCCAUAAGUCUCAGAGAGGAGCACCCCGGGGCCUCUGUGACAGGAGCCUGUGACCAAAAGCCAGCCCCUCUUGGAGUUGAACUCUUGCGUGUUGACCAGCCACUCUCCUGUGCUCUGGAUGAUGUCUGAACACGACCUGGCGGAUGUGGUUCAGAUUGCAGUGGAAGACCUGAGCCCUGACCACCCAGGUACAGAGCUGUGGGACAUUGUUUUGGAGAAUCAUGUAGUGACAGAUGAAGAUGAACCUGCUUUGAAACGCCAGCGACUAGAAAUCAAUUGCCAGGAUCCGUCUAUAAAGUCAUUCCUGUAUUCCAUCAACCAGACAAUCUGCUUGCGGCUGGAUAGCAUUGAAGCCAAGUUGCAGGCCCUGGAGGCCACUUGUAAAUCCUUAGAGGAAAAGCUGGAUCUGGUCACGAACAAGCAGCACAGCCCCAUCCAGGUUCCCAUGGUGGCCGGCUCCCCUCUCGGGGCAACCCAGACGUGCAACAAAGUGCGAUGCGUCGUCCCCCAGACUACAGUAAUACUCAACAAUGAUCGGCAGAACGCCAUUGUAGCCAAGAUGGAAGACCCCUUGAGCAACAGGGCACCGGAUUCCCUGGAAAAUGUCAUUAGCAACGCUGUGCCUGGGCGUCGGCAGAACACCAUUGUGGUGAAGGUGCCGGGCCAAGAAGAUAGCCACCAUGAAGACGGGGAGAGCGGCUCGGAGGCCAGCGACUCGGUGUCCAGCUGCGGACAGGCGGGCAGCCAGAGCAUUGGGAGCAACGUCACCCUCAUCACUCUGAACUCAGAAGAGGAUUACCCCAAUGGCACCUGGCUGGGCGACGAGAACAACCCUGAGAUGCGGGUGCGCUGCGCCAUCAUCCCCUCCGACAUGCUGCACAUCAGCACCAACUGCCGCACAGCCGAGAAGAUGGCGCUCACGCUGCUGGACUACCUCUUUCACCGUGAGGUGCAGGCCGUGUCCAACCUCUCGGGGCAGGGCAAGCACGGGAAGAAGCAGCUGGACCCGCUCACCAUCUAUGGCAUCCGGUGUCACCUUUUCUAUAAAUUUGGCAUCACGGAAUCCGACUGGUACCGAAUCAAGCAGAGCAUUGACUCCAAGUGUCGCACGGCGUGGCGGCGCAAACAGCGGGGCCAGAGCCUGGCGGUCAAGAGCUUCUCGCGGAGAACGCCGAACUCAUCUUCCUACUGCCCCUCAGAGCCGAUGAUGAGCACCCCACCUCCCGCCAGCGAGCUCCCGCAGCCACAGCCGCAGCCGCAGGCCCUGCACUACGCGCUGGCCAACGCUCAGCAGGUGCAGAUCCACCAGAUCGGAGAAGACGGACAGGUGCAAGUAAUCCCACAGGGACACCUCCACAUCGCCCAGGUGCCGCAGGGGGAGCAAGUCCAGAUCACGCAGGACAGCGAGGGCAACCUCCAGAUUCAUCACGUGGGGCAGGAUGGUCAGGUGCUGCAGGGCGCACAGCUGAUCGCCGUGGCCUCCUCGGACCCCGCGGCGGCGGGCGUGGAUGGAUCGCCGCUCCAGGGCAGUGACAUCCAGGUUCAGUACGUGCAGCUGGCGCCGGUGAGUGACCACACGGCCGGGGCGCAGACGGCCGAGGCCCUGCAGCCCACGCUACAGCCGGAGAUGCAGCUCGAGCACGGGGCCAUCCAGAUCCAGUGAGCAGUGCCUGCGGCACGAGGAGCGCCCGGCACCAGGAGCCCGUCGCUGGCUCCGCCCAUGGCCCGGCCCCCAUGCGCCCUGCUCUCUCGGCCUCAGCACAGGCAGCGGCUGCACGGGUUCUGCUGAAGUGUGUCUGAAGGCUGCUGCCUCCGCGGGGAAGAGCGCCCUGUCAACUGAAAGAGCAGCCGCCGCCGCCCCCAGCCGGAGACCUUUCGUUUGAGUCAUGCCGUUGGUGUCGGAGGACGGAGGGGAGGCACAGUGCGGAGAGCGUCGCGUAUGCGCGGGAAAUCAAGAACUAUGAUAUUUUUCUGUUUAAACAGCUUUUUUUAAUUUGCUAUGGUGUUUAUAACAAAAAAGAAAAUUUGAAAAAAAAAAUCCCAGGGGAGUAGCAGGAGCCCUUUGCUGUGUGCUCUGUUCAGUGUCAUGAGGCAGGUGUUUGCAAAGCCAGCUCUCGGUUCCGAUGGGGUAUUGCUGACCUACUUUUCUAGGGGAAAUGCUCUCAAACACUGUAAUUAUGCAUUUCUAAUUAAAUAAAAUGUAUUUAUGACCACAA